AUGGAAGAGAUGGGGGCGACGAAUUUGAACGUGGAGAUGGAUAGGGCGGCGUCGGCGGCGAUGGAGGCAGGGCUUCAAUUAGAAGAGGGGAGAAGCGCUCAGGAAAUGGGGCGGAUUCCAGUGGCUGUGGAGACCACGUUGUCUCUUGGGCCAACCCAAGCAAUCACCCCAGCCCACCUGUCUGUCCAAGAAGGCUCAUAUGAAAUAGCUGAGUAUCAGCAUGUACAAGAUGAAAGGGAAGGGGAGAUGGGCCGAAAGCAAAAGAAAAUGAAGGGUAUGGGCCUAGUGGGUGGUAACAGGUCCAUCGGCGAUUUAAGGGAGGGAGAAGCUAUGUUUGAUGGGCCAGAUGGUGUGUUUGAAAUGGGUGGGCCGGGAGAAGUAUCCAAAAGAAAGAAUCUGAAGUUUAAGCCCGUGAGCCAUAAUACCGACAAAGGGAAUCAGUCAGAAAGCGAGCAAGAGGGCCGAGGAAAGAAGAAAAAGGCAGCGGUGGUUCGCCAGAAGCCACCUCAUCAAGAAUGA